AAUCUGAAAUUCGAUGACAGCAAGUUCUGUCAAAUCGAGACUAACAUGCAUAUGAAUAUACAUUUUUUAAUCAACAUUAGAUAGUUUAAGAUGAUCCCAGGAUAAAAUAAUUUGUUUGGCAAUUGUGAUAUUCCUUUUUCACUUUAACUGGGGCUUUCUUUGGCACAGAUUGCGCAUUUUUAAAGCUUUCCUUCGAAUGUUAACAUGAAGAAAACGGUGGGCGCUUUGGCUACAAACGAAUUCCCUGAAAAAAGCACUAUAUUUUACCGAAGGCCGAACCGAAGCUCACUAUCCCUUGAAGUGUCACCAAGACAAGGACAGUGCGUUGUAACCAUUCCGGUAAUUAGCGGUGCGUCUCAGGUGUGUGGCGGGGACGCUUUAUAGUGCAAGGAAUACGUUUUUAUUUGCAUCACUCUCAGUUAACCAGUCUUCUAUUACAAAGCCAGUCUUGCAUCCAGUCUUGAGUGAGUGGCACAAGGUUACUUUUCAAAGCAGGAUUCAUUUGUCUAUGGCGGAAAUUUCGGACGAUCGGCCUCAACUCUUCGCCACCGACAUUCGUCCACCCGCAGCGGAACGUGACGGUCACCGAAGAUCAAGAAGUCACGCUUAAGUGUAGCGUCAACAAUGUGCACGGAUAUCAGAUAGCAUGGGUGCACGAGGAAACUCAAAAUAUCCUCUCCAUAGGGCGCACCUUGUACACACAAAUGCCCCGCCUAAGCCUCACCGCCGACCACAAGUCGGCAGCUUUGACCAUUUCGCCAGUUCGGGCCCAGGACCGUGGCUGGUACAUGUGCCAGGUUAACACCGAUCCGAUGACCUAUACCAGGAGCUACCUCCAAGUACUCGUGCCACCAGUUCUCACGGAAUGGUCAGGUUCCAGCGUCGAAGCCAGGGAGGGUGCUGCCGUGAGCCUCAUCUGCAGCGCUCGGGCAUACCCACCUGCCAAUACCACCUGGAGAAGAACGGACGCCGAGCCCAUCUUCGAAAAACCUCGCAUAGUUUGGGUCAUCGAAGGACCAGACCUCGUGUUCCCUUCAGUUCGUAGAGAGCACCACGCUGCUUACACCUGUCAUGUCACUAAUGGCGUUACCACGCCUGUCUCAAGAACUACUUACCUAACAGUUACUUAUGCCCCUCUGAUUUGGCUCGAGAGAGACAUGGUCGGGACGAAAGCUGGUGUGGACGCAACCCUGAACUGCACAAGCGAAGGCAACCCAACCCCGAGACACUCUUGGUCUGUCAAUUCGUCCAACAUCACGGAAAGCUCUAAAUACCACAUGGAAGAGGUUAAAAACGGCACACGAACGAAGUUCAUCCUGACAGUGAGGAACCCAGGACCAGGGGACUUCACCUUCUAUGGAUGCCAUGCUGUCAAUCCUACGGGAUACGCUAAAGGAACUAUCAAUCUGUUCGAAAUCAGAGAACAAGUUAUAUCUGUUCCUACGCAACCAGCAUGGCACACAACUACACCAGAGACCUUCUUCGAGCCCCAGGAGAUACCCAAAUCCCCACAGAUGCCCUCAGCAUCCUCGCCCAUCAACCACUCCUCCAAUAAGAUCCGAGUGGACACCCAGAGAAGGAAAAAUGUCGUCACGAACAGGCUCCCUCCUUCUCCCUCCGACGAGUACAAGUUAGGCGGCAAAGGCCAAGUUUAUCCUCCGAGGAUAGCGGAGACUCCUGUCGGACGCAACAGGACUUCCUUCAAGGAACUCUUCAAUUUCAUCCCGCUGAGCAACAGAUCUUGCGUGGGAUGCAUCUCAAUGUCGCCAUUCGUGUUCUUUUUCCUCACGUGUUUGGUUCGUAUCUUGGCUGCAGUCGACUGUGGGUUAAAGUAGUCAGUUUUGGCGGAGGAGGUAAUAAUGUCGUGUAGCUAGCUGAGCCGGAGACAGCAUUUUGAAUGACAAUCAGUCUUCAGUUUAACCUGAAAAUUGCUCGAAGUCUGCUUUACAAUGACUUGUGUGUGUAUGAGAGGUGUGUAUGCUGUCUUAUAUAUAUUUGUUUAUGUAAAUACACAGCAUACAUAACGUAGAUCAAUAUAAAAUGCAUAGGGAUCAUUACUUUGUAUACACA